CUAGGAGUAAAGUUUCCCUAAUUCAUUUAUAAAAAGCCAAUGACGUGCCCCCAAGCCCUGACUUCAGUAUAUACUUAAACCUUAAUCAGUGAGUGCACGUUAGCAGCUGAAGCUGACAUCCGGCAAAACUAACGACAAACUAUGAUACAUUCAUUGCCUUGUAACUUAAUGAAGUCUAGGAGCGUAACUCCUAAAACACAGAGAUCUUUGUUUGUUUGUAAGCCCCGUCAAAAUAUAUUCUGCGAAAAUCAUUAGGCUAAAGGGUGUCUCCAAACCUUGUAAAUUCACCAGCAAUUUUUGUCAUAAGUGUGAUAAAAAUAAUCAGCAAUAUGCUAUUAUACUGAUGUAUUAACAGGAACAUUUACCAGGGGUGAAAAGUACACUUCUGCUGCCAUAACUUUGUAAACCAAUGCUAACCCUUAGCUUUAAACAUAGAAGUUGUUAAGAAAUACACUUUCCUGCACUUUUCCAUGAUAGGUGCAGUAAAGUGUACAGGAAAUUGUGCCCUGUACUGUUUUGUAGGAAAUUUUUCAGUGCAAGUGCAAAGGUUAUUCUUCCCAUUGGGAUCGGCUCUUUCGAAUCCACUAAUAUGUGUGUGUGUGUUGUUCAAAAGAUAAUUGUAACAGAGAGAUGAGACAGUCGUGCAAAGUUGAGGUUAGUUUGUGGUGUCUGCAGUAAGCUACAAUUAGACACACGUCACCAUUUAUAACUCCACCAUACACCACUAACCCAUAGAUAAUGGAAUGUGUUAAGCAGACAGCACAUGUACAUAAGAAGUACGUUGUGCAAGUAAAACCUCAACCUUUUUAUAACUGCCUGCAGUACCAUCCUUCUUUCCCAGAUGAAUCUGACACAGAAUGCUGCAAACCUGAACAUCUACUACCAAAGUAUCAAGCAGAAAGGUAUACUCUGAAAAAACCUGCAAGCCAACAAAGUAGGGUUUUCUGACACAGACAAUGACCAAGAAGAAAAAGCUCACGCUUUCCAUGAAGAAAAAAGAACACGAGAGAGAGAGACAGACAGAGAAGGUUGCUCGGGAGGAAUGCAACAGCCACUUCUGGAAGUUCACCAAGAACAUGUUGGGGAAAGGCUGUAUGGCACAGACAUCUCCAGCCUUCACGGCUAGCACGGCACACUCCUUCACUGAGGUCUAUGAGUCAUCUCCUCAUCUCUUCAGCUCUCCAUCUUGGAUGCCUUCUGCUCCUUUUCCAAAACCUAACAGCGCCAUGGAGAUGACUCCCAUCUCCGAGGAGGAGCUGGCCCAUGUUAUCAGUCAAGUCUAAACCACCCUCUGCACCUUCACCUGUGGACCGCAUCCCCUACCUAAUUUUCAAGAAAUGCCCCUCUCUGGGAACUGCCAUUCUAUACCUCUUUAACAGAGAAAUCAUGGAGGGCAGUGUUCCAUUGUCGUGGACGGUGGUGGUUAUCAAGCUUAUCCCUAAGAGCUCUGCACAGGAGGAUCCAUCGUCUCCUGGCAACUUUCGGCCA